AUGAAGUUCUUUGUCGUCAUAAAUAUUUUAAUACUUUCCGCAGUGGUAGUGGCUGCCCAGAGAAGUCGUCAACAACGGCGGCCACCAGCUCGCCAAGGUCGUACAUUUGGCUUAUUGAAUCCUGCUCUCAACUUAUUAAGUCUGGGUGGCUUGGGAACAAAUAUUAUCGGCUAUGAUGCACCAAUUUCACCAUAUAGCCGAUUAAGACCACUUAGUCCCCUCGCCGCUGAUCCUUACAUUGUUCCAUACAGACGUAGAAUUCCAGUCCGACCACUGGCAGAUCCAUAUUAUGAUGAUAUUCUGUAUGACCGUUUUCAGGGUUACAACACUUAUGGUUACAAGCCUUAUUAUGGUAUUCCGGCGCCGUUAGCAAUACGCAGACCUCCCGUGUAUGGCUAUCCUCCAGUAGCUAAUCCUUUAUAUAGUGGUGGAUCGGCGUCAGCAGCAUCUGCACCUAUUAGACCCGCAGCGUCAUCAACACCUACAAUGACCUCGGCGCCAGCAGCAUCAUCAUCAUCAUCUUCGGCUUCAAGUUUAAGCCCUGCACAGGCGGCCCAAGUAGCAAAUUUACUGGGACAACUUUUAGGGCAACAGCUACGGCCAUUAGUGGGCGGUGGCAGUCCAGCUGCUGAUACACCAGUUGAUGUUGCCACAUCAGAACCGGAAAAUUCUAGGCGAUAUUUUUAG